CAUAUUUCAAUGUCAAACUUUGUUUUCUCUUUUUCCCCUUCUUUCCCAGACGGUGGUUUCCAUUGCUUAAAUCUUCUUCAUCCUUCCGACUCAUAGAUUUUCUCAAGCUUAUUUGGUUAUCGAGAGGUGGCUUAGCUUGAGUUUACUCUCCAUUGUUGUAUUCUCCGAGAUCGGAGAUAAACGGAUUGGAUCUGGAGAUCAGAUACUGUUUUAAAAAUCCUCAUUUUUCAUAUAUUCACUGCAAUUUCGCUUUAGGAUCUUGAUUUAAGGCUUGGUGGAAGGCAAAACUGAUUUAGAGAGGGCAUUCAGAUAUGUCGGCACUCUUCAAUUUCCACUCCUUUUUGACAGUAGUGCUGUUAGGGAUUUGUACAUGCACUUAUGUGAAGAUGCAUUUUCCUGCACUACUUGAACAGAGAACUGGGUUUCGAGGUUUCUUUUGGAAGGCUGCUAGAAUAGGUGAACGGUUGAGUCCUUGGGUGGCAGUGGGCUGCUUGACGAUGGGUGUUUCAAUAAUCUUCUUCUGAGAGAACAACUGUUUGCAAUUCAUGAAAGUACACUCUCAGCUGGGCUUAAAUUAGCACUUGAAUCUAUUUUUCAUCAAAUGAUCUGUUCGAUUAAAAGAUGGCACGAAACUUGAUGUGACACCAACACUGCUUUCUUGAUCAUGAACUGAGUUUUAUCGUGUGGAAAUUUUGGAUUGUGACAAUGUUCGACUCUC